UUUGAGUAUAUAACAGUAAGAGAGAAAAUGGAACAAAGACUUCAUGAAGCAGCAAUAAAAGGUAGUGUCACAUUAUUACAUAAAGUACUUGAAGAAGAUCCACUAGUUCUUGAUAGAGUUACCUUUGGUUCCUUUGGUUGGAGUCCUUUGCAUGUUGCUGCGUUACGAGGGCAUACAGAUUUCGUCACAGAAAUUUUGGUUUUAAAUCCAGAUCUUGUUGAAGUUUUGGAUUCUUCACAACGGUCUGCCCUUCACUUGGCAUCAGCUAAAGGGCACGUUCAGAUUGUACAAGCGUUGAUAUUGGUAGACCCUGACAUGUGUCUAGCUCGUGACAAAGAUGGUAGAAACCCGCUCCAUCUUGCUGUCAUGAAGGGCAAGAUCGACGUGUUGAAAGUGUUAGUUCAAGCCAACCCCCAUGCAGCUGAAGUCGUGAUGGACCGGGGUGAGACUAUCUUACAUUUAUGUGUGAUGCGUAAUCAAUUUGAGUCUCUGAAAGAACUGAUGGAUACUAUUAAAAAUAAAGAGUUUGUGAAUGCUAUAGAUGGAGGAGGCCACACCAUUUUACAUUUAGCUGUGGCAAAUAAACAAGUCGAGGUCUUAGAAUAUCUGCUUUCCAAUGGGAGAGUAGACGUAAAUGUGAAAAAUGCUAGUGGGUUCACAGCAUUGGACAUUCUAGCACAAGUUGGAAAGGAUGUGGAAAAUUUAGAUACUAUUGAACAUAAAUUUCGAAAAGCUGGAGCUAUGAGUGGUAAGGAUGUCGGACAGGGUGAGUGGUUAGCAAAGAAAAAGGAAACAUUAAUAUUGGUGGCAACACUCAUUGCAACAAUAGCUUUUCAAGCUGGGGUGAAUCCUCCAGGUGGUGUUUGGCAAGACACUUCAAAUGGGCAUAGAGCUGGGGAAGCUAUAAUGGCUUAUAAUUAUCCAAAUUCAUACCCAUAUUUCCUUCGUGCUAGCACGAUAGGAUUUGUUGCAUCUCUAAGCACAAUCAUGUUGCUCAUAAGUGGAUUGGUAUUCAAGAGAAGAAUUUGCAUGUCGUUUCUAGUUGUGAUCAUGUGGUUGACUGUGACAUCAAUGACAGUGACAUAUGCAAUCUCUAUUGUUGUGGUCACACCAAAAAUUGAUAGAGAAUCACUUAGUUUUACUAUUGUGAUUGCAGUCAUCGUGUGGAGCACUGUGAUGGGAAUUCUUUUCUUAGUGCACUUGGGUCGCUUAAUAAAAAAAGCAGUUGAUGAGGAACGGAGUAGACAUCUAAUCACCAAGAGGCUUAAGGAGUUAAACUCGUUCAAACCACAAUCAGAGCAUAUGAAAAAAUGUUUAAAUUUAGUUAAACCAAAUUGUACUGAUGUUUGAUCCUUAUGUUGUUUUUAUCUUUAUGUUUGAUCUUUAAUAUGUGAAAUUCAAUUAUGGUUUGUUUGAAUAUUAAAUUUAUCUCAAGAAAUGAAAAUGAAUGGAAAAUGAGAUUACUUUCGGUUAGUA